GUCAUUUAGCAUACACCUAUCAUUUUCCCAAGGCAAAUCGUUCUAAACCAAACCCCACCCACUCUUAAACAACAAUACCAAAUCACUAACAAAUGGAAUCACAAUGACACAACAGAAGAAAUGAUCCAUCAUUACUAAGAAGCUACGAGCUUUUAAUUGUUAAAGCCAAUUAAAGAGGAACCAUUGCAAAAAAAUGGCAGAUUCCGACAUAGAGACCAGCAGCAACCACAACAGCAACAGCAGCAACAGCAGCAACAGCAACCAGUCAGCCUCGUCAACGACAAGCGUUCAUGUUUCAGCUCUAGACGGGAUAGUCAACGCAAACUCGCUCUUCACGGUUGCAGUCUUUGUCGGGAUAGCUUUCGACCAACCGCGUGAGCUCACACUCACGGACAGGACCGAGUGCAACGCGGGACUAGACGUGGAAAGAGACCUUGUUGUGUUCGAAGUCAUCUCAUUUGCAUUCUUCCUUUUCUCCUCCCUCGUGGCUCAGGGUAUGAAGCUAGCCAUCAACUUGUUGAACAGUAAAGAAACGGACGAGGUUUUUAAAGCGAAUAUCAAUAGUGAUGUGCUUCGUCUAGGUGUGGUUGGUGCAGCUGGUGGAUCUAUCUUGGGAUGUGUUUUUCUUCUGUUGUCAAUGGUUGAAGUUAUUCAGCUCCGUCUCGGUCUGCUUUCUUGUGGUGGCUCAUUGGCGAUUCAUACCGUGUUGGUUCUUGUGGUCUUGGUCUCUUCUGCUCUUAGUGUUUAUAUCUUCACUGUGUUUUACUCUUUCAGGAAAUGAUGGAAUCUUUUCAUAUAUUUAAAGACCAGAUACAAGUUGUAGAGCAACGAAUAGUUGUGAAACCAGCGAUAUAAGUGCAGUCAUGUAUGAUGUAUCUUGGUACCUGCGUAAAGAACGAGAUAAUGUCUAAUAGUCAAAUUAUAAUUAGAACAUGAUUAUAAUCAGUCAAUAACUUCUUGAUCGGACUCAAUGCAUCUGAUCAAAAAUCAGAGCUGCAGGCAAUAAAUAAGUUUUUAUCAAAGAAGACAAGCCAAUUACUUGUAAGUUCUAAACAAUUGAAGUUGUGCAAUUUAAGUUAUUUUUCACUCCAUGGAACUAGCAAGGACUUGAAUAAAUUGGUGAUCAUAUGGUUGAACAAUAUUGAAGAUUAUCUUAGCAUUCAAAGCAGAUUGAAGAUAUCAAACUGAUUCAGAGAGACAAAACGAAGACCACAAACACUGAGAUUCAAACAGAAUUUCACAAGCUUCGACACGCGAAUAUGGCAGAUUAUAAACACGAAUUAUAUUACAGAUUUGUACUCUAAACUCAAAAUGCCUUUGAUCCAAUCGCUUUCAGCGAUAACCAAACUUUCAAAAGUCAAAGACAUUCGCAGGCACACAUUA